AAAACCAUUUAUAGCCUUACGCAAAGUGUCGUGCUCACCUUUUUCUCGAACGUGAGCGAAGAUCGGAGUUUGCAUAUCAACUCUCCGCUCUUCCCUCCUCUUUGUCUACCAUUGCUUCUCCCUCAUUACCUUCUUUCUUCUCUCUACAUUUCCUUCAUCUCUUUCUCUCUCUAUAUCUUCAUCGAUUUGCGUUUCUCAGACUUACAAUCAGGUUUAUUUAUGGCGAAAGUUAGCAGGGUAAGGCGUCUUAAGUACAGAUGUCGUAAUGGCAAAGCAGAACGGUUGUCCUGCUCGCACAAAAUCUUCAAAGACAUCAAGAAGCCUUCUAAGCUGUCAGAAAAGAAAGAUUGGGAGGAUGCUAAUUGCUCGGUUUGCAUGGAGUCCCCUCACAAUGCUGUUCUUCUGCUUUGUUCUUCUUACAACAAAGGCUGUCGUCCCUACAUGUGUGCCACUAGCUAUCGCUUUUCUAAUUGUCUUGACCAGUAUAAGAAAGCGUAUGCUAAGGCAACUCCAGGUGCAACUACUCCAGAAGUCAAUGCUGGCUGGCCUGAGGAAAGGGUGGAAGUGACGGAGCUUCUGUGUCCCCUCUGCCGUGGGGAGGUGAAGGGUUGGACCCUGGUUGAGCCAGCUCGAAAAUAUCUUAACAAGAAGAAGCGAACAUGCAUGCAGGAGAAUUGCUCCUUUGUUGGUAACUACAAGCAGCUGAAGAAGCACGUCAAAACCGAGCAUCCAUGGGCCCGACCCAGAGAAGUGGACCCAUCCCUUGAAGAGAAAUGGAAAAGCCUGGAGAGGGAGAGAGAAAUAAGUGAUGUCAUGAGCACCUUUUCUCCAGGUACGAUUGUUUUGGGGGACUAUGUUAUAGAUCCGAACUUUAACCCUUUCAUUAGAGAUUAUAAUAUGGACAUGGAGGACCUGUUGGAAGAUGAUCUUGAGACGUUCACUGCAAAUAGAAUCAGGAGUGGUGGAUUCCAGUUGCAUAGAACAUCUGGGAGAGGUUAUGAUUCAUAUGAUGACGAUGAUGACGACGAGGAUGAUGAUGAUGAUGAUGACGGACUUCAUCGCCAUACAACUUUUGGCCGAGGAGACAACAUGGUUCCGUUAAGCCGCCAUCACAGGAGAAUGUUGUUUCUGGGUAGGUCCCGUAGGAGGAGGCGACGCGAUUGACCUUUGUACAAUAUAAGCAGCUUUUAUAGCCCCCUUUAAAAAAAACCAAGUGGGAGUGGUUUUUGGUGCUUAAUUCAACCUUUAGAAAUUUUGGGGGGCACACAUCGAAGGCAGUGCAAAUGCAAGUAGAAGUGAAUUUCCUUUGUUUAUUUAUGAUGGUAAAUUUGGACAUAUGGUGAUUUUAGAUACAGGUUUACAAAUUUCUCUCCUGUGAUUUGGUCUUUAGGGAUAGACCUCAAAACUUCACGCUGGUACCUACCGUACUUGGUGGGUCGCAUUUAAAUGCUUGUUUGUGCAUAGUCAUCGAAUAUUGACCUGUAGGAUAAAUCGUUCAGGUACACUUGAUUCUCUGUUUUAACAUUAAUCAAAGAAAAAUUAGACCUGACCCUUAUUUUCAGUUCUCUUAAACUCUUGUGAGUCGUGGAAAUCUUGGCAGGUUUUCCAUGUCGAACAGCCCUACCUUUGUUGAGAUUUGAACACGAGGCUUACUCGUAUGUACCUUUGUAUAGUCUUUAUUGCUUGUUUAGAAGAUACUACUAAAUGGUGGUAAAGAUAAAUGAAAUUUCAGGUAAAUUGGUGAA